CCGUCGCCGGAAAUUAUUCAUUAUUCCGAUUCUUUUUGGAAAGUUAUCGCUUGCACGGGGUUUUAGCCCAGCGCAACUUUCCCAGUUAGUCCUUGCUAUCCUCAACGUCUUCGCCACUUCGAAAUCUGGAGGCAGGAAAAUCGCCUAGUAACUGAGGGCAAAACAAAAGGGUGUCGACUUCAGUUGUCACUACCGAGCAUGCGCACCCACCGUGCGCGUAUUCAGCCGGAUCGAGGUUUCUUGACAAGAGUAGAAUUCUUGCGCUGCGCGGCCUGGCUGUUGAUACGUUGCCUAGCAACCAAGUAGUUGGGAGCGAGUUGAUGUUAGAAACAGGCCAAUUUUCCCACAUCCGGAGUCCACGCCGGGGCUAAAGGAGAGCUAAUGUAGGGGGACGGGAAUUAGGAGGCUUGGGGAUUGUUGGUUUAUUUCAUUUUUAUCGUUUGAAUUGCUUUCGUCCCUGAGUUAUUUUAUUUUCCCUCUUGCUUCCAAAUCCUGCCAUCUGAAACGAUGGUGGCAGAGAAAGAGGGCGUGAGCCCCCACAAAGGCAGACCGCCCCAAUUGCAGGAGCCACUGCGACAGGCGAAAAGAACUAAGAAGCAGAUCAGCGACGGAUUCACCGUCAAAGCCAUGAUGAAAAACACGGUGGUGAAAGGUCCCCCGGCUGCAGGAGCAUUUAAGGAGAGACCAACAAAGCCCACAGCCUUUCGCAAGUUUUAUGAGCGAGGUGACUUCCCAAUUGCCCUUGAGCAUGAUACAAGGGGAAACAAAAUAGCCUGGAAGGUAGAGAUUGAAAAGUUGGACUAUCAUCACUAUUUGCCACUGUUUUUCGAUGGUCUGUGUGAAAUGCAAUUUCCCUAUGAAUUCUUUGCUCGGCAAGGCAUCCAUGAUAUGCUGGAGCAUGGGGGUAACAAGAUUCUUCCUGUCAUUCCUCAGCUCAUUAUUCCAAUAAAAAAUGCGCUGAACCUUCGAAACCGACAGGUCAUCUGCAUAACGCUCAAAGUCCUUCAGCACCUGGUUGUGUCUGCUGACAUGGUGGGGGAAGCCUUAGUGCCCUAUUAUCGACAGAUUCUCCCCAUUUUAAACAUCUUUAAGAAUAAGAAUGUGAAUUCAGGAGAUGGCAUUGACUACAGCCAACAGAAGCGUGAAAAUAUUGGAGACUUGAUUCAAGAGACCCUGGAAGCCUUUGAGCGCUACGGCGGUGAAGAUGCUUAUAUAAACAUUAAGUACAUGGUCCCAACCUAUCAGUCGUGCUUGUUAAACUAACCAAGGGGGAGUGAUGUCAUUUGCAUUCCCAAGCUCUGCUUCAACAUUUCGUAACUCUUGCUUUCUCUACAUCUACUCAAACAACUGCUUCUGGGCCUUUGGACUGUUUGGUACUAUUGUUAACCAGUCUUUCCAAUUCAUAAAUAGUGCCUGUUUCUUUGAUUACAAUGGUGCACUGUGUUUAUUUGUUCUGCAGAAGAAUUGCUUCUUUAUCACAAACGCAGAGCAGGGCAGGCGACAGAGUCGAACCUUCACUUGUACGGACAAUAAAACUAUAAUUUUCAUACACAAUUCGGCAAUUGC